AUGUCAUACCUUUUGAGACAAACCGAAUCUGGACGAUAUGCUUCUAAUCAAGAAGAACUUUAUUUGAGUCAAUUAUCUUCUACUUGCAGAGAAGAUUCUUUUUCAGAGUUAUCUGUUCCAGAUUCACCACCUCCACCUUAUCCAGGUCUUGUGGGAAUAUCAGAUUUGUUUACAACAGCUCCAGAAGAACAGGCUAUUUCUGAAGAAACAAGACAAAUAAUUACUGAUUGUGUCGCUCAGGAAUUUGAGCAAUAUAAUCACGAGAUAGCUUCUCUCAAAAAAACAAAUGAAAAAAAACUUUUAAAUACUAUUUCGCUCUUGAAAAAUA